GGAACUGCUUUUCUCUGUGUACGUUUCUAGUGGUCUAUAUUAUGCAGCUGGACUCACCUCGCUGAUCCAUAUACAAAUUAAGAACUUGUGGGAGUAUUUCUGUUUUAUUUCCUUGCUACAACUAAAUGUAUUAUCAGUCCACGUAAAAGGGGGCGUUUCAAAGUUAUGGUGUAUACAAGGGAGUAGAAGCAUUGCAGGUCAAGAAGUACAGCAUGUGGAUAUGCUGUUUAUGAACAUGGAAUCAAGAUACUCGUUUUCCUCCUCCUAAUAUCAAACUGGCUGUUGAGCUGCAUAAAGUGACAAAAUGACAUCUGUAGGCUCACCUCUUCGUUUGCCAGAAUGUACCAUUGGUCCGAGAAAAUUUCGAGUUAUACAUAUCAGUACACCUCAUGCAUUUGAACUGAGUUCCAGCUGCAAGGAAUUGGGGAGCCUUAUCCCUUUGUUUCUAGGAGCAGAUGUCAUUGCUCAUACAGGCAUUCGGACGGAGAAUCAUCCAAAAUUUCAUGCAAAAUUUGCUAAAAAGGGCUUGGCUACCAAGCUUGUCUUUGGAUCAGAAUUUCGGUUUGAAGGCCUGAGGCUGCCAAGUGGAAUUAACAGUCUGUGGUUUUACAGCAUUCAGGGGCUUUUUCGUGUUGCGUUUGAAACGUAUAACAAGAAGGAGCAGCUAGCUGUUUUAGAUCACCUUCAGGCUCUUUGGAAGGCUAGAAUAAAUGAUGACCUCUUGAAUCAGGUUUAUGAGAUGAAUAUGCUGCUUGACGCAUCAAAAACUGAAGAAGUGGUUGAACAUCAACAUUGGUGUCAUCUCUGGAAAACAGAAUUAUCAGGAAAUAUUCCUAGCACAAGUUCUUCAUACAGUGACUUGACUGCCAAGGGGAAAGCAUUGCAUAAAAAUGAUGUGUCGGUUGACUUAGAAGUUUGUAGUGACUGUAACAACAGAGGCAGCGAUGCUGAACACAAUUACUGUAUCGCACUGGAUAGUGUGACAACAGAUUCCAGCACCAUUGGUACUGGUCACGUGACUGAAGACCAGAUUUCUCAGAAAAUUGAGUCUUUGCACAAAAUGUUAAAUUUUCAAACCGCACAGAUGCAUGGCAUUUCAGAAUCUGCUGUGCUGUUGACAUUGGAUAUGGUGGAACUUGUUAUAAAUGGUAUUCAGUCUGUGAACUGUGCGGCUAACUUGAUAAAAGAAUUUCUAAAUAAUCUCUAUGAACUAACUGUAAAAGAGGACAAUGCGGAUAAAGCCGGAAACUUUAUUUAUAACAACUGGUUAUUAUAUACCAUUAGUGGUUGGCUAGGUGACAAGUUCUGUUCUGCAAAUCUGUCCAUCAGUAGACAAGUGGAAGAAUUCAAAAGAAGCCACAUAGAUCACAUAACCGACUUGCCACCUGCUGAAGUCCUUGUAAGCUCACUGUUUCCAGAGGCUAUGAAAAUUCUCCUGUUGAACUGGAUGGGGCUUAAUAAUGACCUGGACAUUUGGAAACGUCACAGUGAAUACCCUAUAUUAUUACUAAUUCUAGAAUUUGCAAACCACAAUCUUAUUACAGGCGUUGCACAUGUUUUAUAUUCAAGUCUAAUACAGAAAUAAAAGAUCUUUGUUGUAUAAUUUGAAAUGGAAACAGACAAGACAGCAAAUGGAAGUACCCCAAACUAGCAACAGAAGUACAGGCAGAAUCAUUUUGAAGUAUAGAACGUUGUACUUUAGUAAAGUUGUGCUGCUGUUUAUUUUAACUUUCUGCUUACAUUACCUUUUUUGCCCCAUCUCUCCCCCGUUGCCUGUUUGUUCCUCCCAGCUCCACACCCCACAGCAUCUUUAAUACAAUAGAGAGGUAGCAUCGUAGCUUCAUUCAACAGAAGGUAGAACAUUGUUUGUAUUAUUCUUACAAUCAUUAUCCCCCCAGCUGGCCAGAAAGGAUUGUGUAAAGUCUGUUCUGGAUGCUGUGGAUUUGCACAACUGUAUCUCAAUAAAUGUGCAGUGUGUACAUACCCAUUGGUAUGUUUGCACUUCCCGGGAUCUCUAAUUACAAGUGCUGUAAUCCCAGGUCUCCCCAGGUGGUGAUAGUGUGAUGGAACUCCACUGUCACCCUUCCCGCAGCAUUAGUGGGAAAGCUGACAUCAGCCACUAACCCCCAUGCCCUUCCCUUGCCAGAUUAAUUUUCCUUCUCUGGUUUCUAGCUGAACCUGGCUCUUCUGGAAUAUAGAUAAGACCACAGCCCAUAUGCAGCAGAACAGGGCUUUGUUGCCUUUGUUUUUGGUUGGAUACCUGCACCUUUGUAUUGAUGUACUGUUACCCACUAUUUGUGUUUACAUCUGCUGGUGCAGCUCUAAGGUAUCUGGGUAAGAGUACAAUAUCAGACAGUCUGUACUUUCCUCUGAAGAGUAUUCCAUCUUAAUCCUCCCUUUUGUGAUUAAAUCCAAAUAGCCAGAACCAAGAUAUAUACACCUGUUGCCCAAGACCAGGAGAAGGAGAGAAGUGGUGUUGCUUCUGAAGAUAAUGGGUCAGAUCCGGGUUAAAAACAACCCAUGUUACUUUAAAACUUCUGAAGUUCGUAACAAUGUGAUUCAUAUCAUUCCAUAAAAUGUUGUGCUUUCACUUCUGUUUAAAUUUGUUUGUCACUCUAUUGCUCUGGUCAGACAGUGAUACACUAAAAGCUGCGAAAUAUUUUGUGCACUGUAUUGAUUUAUACAUUUAGUUUUAAUAAAGAAGGUGUAUCGCUUCUAAA